AUUCCUGCGCCCACGGGGAUGAUCCAACAUUCGGCUGUACGACCAGCUCCUGCAGCGACCCAGAGGCGCGCAGCGUCUUCUGCUGUGAGACCUGCUAUAACGCCACCACGGCACGGAAUCCGAGACCCACCAGGAGACCCAACCGUCCUACCCAGAGACCCAGAAACCCACGUCCGACUGCCAACCCUUCCAACGAGCGACCUAAUAACCCUAGACCGAGCAACCCUCGUCCGAAUGCCAACCCUUCCAACCAGCGACCUAAUAACCCUAGACCAAGCAACCCUCGUCCGACUGCCAACCCUUCCAACCAACGACCUAGCAACCCUAGACCGAGCAACCCUCGUCCGAAUGCCAACCCAUCAAACCAACGACCUAGCAACCCUAGACCGAAAAACACACGUCCUGCAGGCAACCAGAACCCGCGCCCGAGUAACCCACGCCCAUCAAACCCGCGGCAAAAUACGCCCCGCCCCGUGCAAAUAACCCGAAACCCACGCCCCGCCCCUGCGCGCCCCACCUACUGGCCUCAAUGGCCCCCCGCCCGCCAGACACCCAGACCCAGACCAAGUUUCCCGCGCAUCCCUGAGAGUAACUCCCAGCCACGAGCUGACCGCGACCUUUUCUGUCUUCGGGACCGCUGUCAAUGUCUCAAGCGCUAUUGGUUUCUCGCCUGCUUCCGCCUCUUCUUCCAAUAA